CGUGUUUUUGUUUUUCUUUCACUUUCCGGGAAAGAAAUGAAUGAUGAGUUGAAAAUUCAAAAAUGCUCAAAAUGUAUACGACUCCAUAAUUUUAAUUUAAAACGGCUCGGACAUCCUUCGCUCUCGCUUUCUGUCCAAAUUCGCGCCUGACCAUUGAAAUCAUUUCUUUUCUCAGUCCUCUUACGUUUCCUCCUCUUCAUUUUGUUUCUUAGGAUUUCAAAUUUCAUACAAAUCCCUUUCUGAAUUUCCAAUUCUCGCUGCUUUUCCAGUGUUUUUUUUUAUCAGAAUUUGCCUCUAUUUACAAUGCCGCCAUUCAUGUCGACGGCGAACGCGGUUCGGUCCUUAAUAACGAGUAGAAAUGCUGCCAAUUAUUUGAUCAGGUCGGCAAGAAACUAUAAUUCUAAAUUUGAUCAGAUUCGAUGUUAUAGUAGCAUUGUUGGCAUCUCAACCCCAUCGGUCGUUGAAGUAAUUGAUAGGAAGACCGAUUUUAGUUUGGCAUUGGGAAGCUUUUACAAUAAUGCUACUGCUGCUCAAAAAAGACGAUUUCUUGGCCGCGGAGACGGACAGGAAGGUGGUGUUUUAUCCAAUGUUUAUGAAGAGAGGCGCGUUCUUGGGUAUUCCCCAGAGCAGUUAUUUGAUGUGGUUGCUGCUGUCGACUUGUAUGAUGGAUUUGUCCCUUGGUGUCAACGGUCUGAGAUACUCAGAUGCCAUCCAGAUGGAUCAUUUGAUGCUGAGCUGGAGAUUGGUUUUAAAUUUCUGGUUGAGAGUUAUGUUUCUCAUGUAGAAUUAAAUAGACCUAAAUCAGUAAAGACAACUGUAUCAGAGAGUACCCUCUUUGAUCAUUUGAUAAACAUUUGGGAAUUCAACCCGAGACCUGUUCCAGGAACUUGUGAACUUUUUUUUUUGGUGGAUUUUAAGUUCCAGUCACCACUUUACAGACAGGUAGCAUCCAUGUUUUUCAAGGAAGUGGUCUCUCGACUGGUUGGCUCAUUCAACAAGCGAUGCCGUUUGAUAUAUGGACUAGGAGUCCCUGUCCUUGAGAAGUCACAUGGACAGAAGGCAUAAGAGCUUCGUAUCACA